GUGUCGCUGCGAGCGCUGCUGGCCAUAGUCCCCACGGCGCACCUGGCAUUGUUCCCAGCCGGCCAGUCUCCGGGACAGGGCGGCUCAGGACAGCCAAGUGCGCCGUCCAACCCUUUCACCACACCGGGCGUCGCAAGCAACGAGGAGCCGGAGACCGAGGAUUACAAACUGGAGGACUGGAUCGAAGAGAGCGAAGCCACGGACUACUACGUGGUCAGCUGGAACGCCGAGUGGCAGCUGACAGCAGACUGCGGGGAGGAAGGAGUACGAGCCGUGCUGCUGUCACACAAAG